GAUACCAAAUCUUACUUCUCCAUCUUUUCCAUAGACUCAAGAGUCUCUGCCCCCUUACUUCCUCUUACUUCUAAAAUAUGGCUUUCUCAAGGAGUUAUCUUGCUGCCCUUGUUCUUCUCUCUCUCUUGUUUCUUCAUGUCACUGAAGCCCAAUUGAAGGGUACCAGUGAGGCACCAGCUCCUUCACCAAGUCAGAAUAUAGAUUGCGGGAAGGCGUGUGAAGGCAGAUGCAAAUCAUCAAAGAGGCCUAACCUGUGCAAGAGGUCUUGCGGCAGCUGCUGCCAUGAGUGCAACUGUGUCCCUCCGGGCACAUCUGGCAACUACAAUGUCUGCCCUUGCUAUGCUAACCGUACGACCGAGAAGAAUGGCAAAAAGUAUCGUAAAUGUCCUUAGAUUUCAUUGCAUCAUCUGUUUUUUUCCCUAGGGUUUUUGCUUCCCAGAUAUUCAUUGAGUCUGCAAGUUGGAGAACUCUUAAGAAGAUUUAAUUUUCUUUUCCUAAGUAUUGAUGGAGUUGAUCGUGAGCUUCCAGGAAAAAAAAAAAAAAUUAUUGUAAGUUGCUGAUACAAGCAUCCAACUGUUGUCUUGUCUGCCUAUUGCACUACAUUCAAAAUUAAAUAAAUUUAUGUCCUUUAGAUUCCACUUCGAGGAAAUUGUUUGGUGGUUAUUAAAUGCAAAAUUAAAUC